CUCAAUCUGACUCUCUAGCGGGCGACUAACCUCCACCAGAGUCGACAGAUUGAGGCCCUAAGAACAAAACCUCCACUACCGGAGUAAACCCGGUACAGAAUAGUGAGUUGGCUCCUCGACUAAAGUCACCAACUCCCUACCUUCAAUCAAGGAUACUCUAUUAACCUAGGCAGAUAUUCUCAUUCUAGGUUAAAGCAGAAACAACAGGAAUUUGAUCAGGAUUCAAGUCAUUCAAUCAUUAAAACCUCAAUCGAAUAUAAUCAAUCACAGAAUCAGUACUUGGGUUCAUACAAUCAAAGCCUAACAUACAAAUCUAGGGUUCUCCAUACCCAGAUGAAUGGGAGAACUACUCCAUGGAGAAGAAAGCAAAAGCAGAUUCAGACACGGAAUUCAUACUGCGAAGGAUGGAUUCCUGCUUCUGGACGUUGAUUGGCACUUCUCCAAGCUCAAGCUGGCCUCCAAUGGUGUUGAAGAUCAAUCUAGGGCACUUGGGAACUCUUGCUCGUCACUUUCUCUCUCUAGGAACUGAUCUCUCUCUCAAAAACUCGAAUCCCCCUUCUGUUUGGCUGAAAAUCUGCUUAAAAAGGCAUCAGCCAAAGCACGGUCGAGGGCACGGCCGUGUAAUGCCUCAGCCCGCCCGUGCUUUGGCUAGUGUUAAUUACACUAGCAGCAGUGGGGAGAAACACGGCCGUGCUUCGCUUUGGACACGGCCGUGUAAUGCUUGAACACGCCCGUGCUUUGUUUUGGCCCUGCCCGUGUAAUCAGCUCAGCUCUCGGCAUAAAAAGCACGGCCACCAGAACACGGCCGUGUAAUGAUUUAGGUGUGCCCGUGUUUUGGCUCCAGCUCACCGAAAUGACUUCCGAAUGCCCCGAAACUCGCGCUUAGCCUUCCCUUUGACACCUGGGACCUGAAACAUGACAAAAUAGCACAACCCAGCGUAAAAUAGGCCACAAUACACGACUAUGCCCCUCAAACGGAUAAGAACUAGGGGCGCAAAUAUGUGCAAUUACAUCGUUAUCAACUCGCUAUGACACAACUCCUAACAAUGGCCAAGUGUAACCAAUGAAAGGGACUGCAGUAUAGUGGCUCAAGUAAUAAAUAUCGAAUCCACGGGUCUCUAGAGUUACUAUUACUCAGCAUCAGUUCAUUAUCUAGCAAACCAGAUUAAGAUGGAAGAACUAAAACUACUCUAACAAACUACAGUUAAAGUUAAUCUAAUUACAGGUUGGGAACUCACUUAGGUAUGAUUCCCCCUAGCCACUAGCCAGAUUAAUUAUUGAUGAUCUCUAACAUGUUUCACUUUCAUUCACAAUGCGUAGAAUCCUUAACUAGACCUUGAGUCUCGACUAAAGGAACAAGGCCCUCUUGAGUCAAUUGCCUAGAGGGACGUAUCCUUCUCUAGAAAAACCGAUCAAGGCAUUCUGAACUAGACUCCCUCUAUCGAAUGAGGUUCUCAAUCGAUACAAAGCAGUGAAUCGACCCUCGACUAAAGCAGUUGAUCCAAUACUAUCAAUCUAUGGUGCUCUAUUGACCUAAUCGGGUAUUCGCUCUCAUAGGAUCAAAGCAGAAUCAAUAAUCUCGACUAAAGCAGAAUUGAAUCAUGAAAACAUGCAUAGAUUGAAUAUGAACUCAAGAUUAUCAAGUAGGAGUACUCAUACAAUCAUCCAAUCAAACAAACAUAGCUAGGGUUCCUCAAAACCUAAGUGAAGGGAAGUUACUCUAUAGAAAAGAGAGAGACUGCAGUAAGAAUCUUCAGAUGAUCAGUCUUCAAGUACAGGCUUGUUCCUCGAGCUUCCAAGGGGAAGAAAUCCUCCAAUUCCACUCCAAGAUUGCCCUCAAAUCGCCUCUCUCUCUCUUUGGUUCGUCCCUUGGGUGUUUGGGAUCCAAAACCCAGCUCUCCCUUGCAAAAACGCACAAAACAGGCUUUUAACAGCCUGCGUUCCCGGUCGAGUAUUUUGGGUGGCGACCGGGAAUUGUUGAAACGCACCGUCGGAGACAGGGGGUUAAUCCCCGGUCAAGGUCAAAAAUACCCGACCGGGGAUUUAUGCUUGAUGCCCGGGCCACAUUCUGCUUCUCAAACGCCCAAAAGAGAUUUUCCCCGGUCUGCUCCGAUUAAUACCCGGCCGGGUAUUUCUGCUCAUGGCCGGGAAUUUUGCUCCUCCAACACACUUCAACUCAAACGUGCUCCUUUCGACCCGAAACUCGUUUCUUCGCCUCGAUGCCAAUGCCAGGCCCUGAAAUAUGACAUAAACACACAACCUAGCGUGAAUUCGGCUUAAAACACGAGAAGCAACAUCUCAAACGACUCAAGAAUAGGGGUAAAAACAUGUGCAAUCAAUGGUCUAUCAAACUCCCCACACUUAACCGUUUGCUUGUCCCCAAGCAAACCUAACUCAAACCAAUGCAAUUCUCCAGACCUCUAUAGCAACAACCAACCCCGAUCGUCGGUAGAGGAUUUUCUAGAUCAUAUAGCAACUUACGAGGUCAACUGGUCUUCUAAGACGUCCCCUAUCUCUCUCAUUGUGAGUACUAGACUCAAGCCAGGAUCAUGAGAAGAAGUAGAAGUAAGACAGUAUGUUCAUGGAUAAAGGGACUCACACCAU